AUGUCUUCCGAUACAGUUGAUUUGAAGCAAGAGUCUCAAGAGGCCCAGGUGGCCCAGGAGGUAUCCCAGGAUACCAAGGAAGAGCCUCAGGAUGCAAAGCAGGAGCCACAAGAAAAUAAUGAAGGACAUAAAGAGAUGACGUGCGAACUCGCACUUCUAGAUAAGAAGUACGACAAAGACGGCCAUAGAGUAUACAGCAAACGUAGCCCUAGGAAGGAGAGUGGUAAACCAGACUGGUGGAAGCUAUACGCUCUCACAGAGACGCGCCAUUUCAAAGAGAAUGGGACAUUCAAAUGCACACGGUUGCAUGUGAACCCGCAACCUUUGAAGAAACUUCUUGAAGAUGUUAUCGUCGGGUUUCCUUAUGACCCCGUUGAUGCUCAGCAGGACGUCCAGUUUGACCUGCCGGCGUAUUGUCUCUUCUUCUAUCGAAAGCAGCUAGAAGAAGUAGGGACAGAACGGUUUAAGGACGACGAGACUUCUCGCAAACACCUCAAGCUCCUCCUAGAUUGGAUCGACAAGGUCCACGAAGAGGCUUUCAAGGCCUCCCAACGCUUCGAAUCCAGCGACCAGAGGCCGAUCAGUUACGAAUACGUCGACUACGACGGCGAGAAAUUCGGCACGCGCUCGGACACGUUCCGCAUCCCCAAGUACUCAGGUGUCAUGCGCUGCGAAGAUCUCAACAUAAUGCCCCUUGACUUCCAUCCUUCAUCUUCCGAAUUCCGCACCCGCCUACUAGAGCGAGGCCGCCAGUUCCAGAAAUUGGCCGGCCAACACUUCAUGCAGUAUAGCGGAGUGGCCCUCAAGCUCAACAGCGAAAAAUACGACCGACAUAAUCUCUCCGGCCGCGUCGUGAUCGACUGUAAAAACUACCGACACUUCGAGCCGAGCAACGACUUCGAGCUGGACGACCUUCCGCGAACCGAAGCGGCGAAGCGCCAGCGUACCCUGCGCAGAUAUAACGACGGCGUUGACGGCGCCAACGGGGAAGUCCUCGACGAUCUUCUCGAUGAGGAUCUGAUUGUGACCAACGCAACCGUGCGCGGCUUCGCGUUCUCGGUCAAGACGUUCCUCGAGUUCUUCGUGGAAAACCUCUCCCCGAUCAAAUGGGAUGAAACCUACUUUGAUCAGCUGGUUCUGAACCCCGCCACUAAGAGAAUAGUCCAGGCCAUGGUAUCCAUGCAUACGCAACGAGGCCAGACCAGCGCGGGAGUUGACGAUAUCGUCGAGGGCAAAGGAAAGGGGCUUGUAUUAGUCCUUCACGGCCCACCGGGAGUUGGGAAGACUCUGACGGCCGAAUGCGUGGCAGAAUCAGUGCAUCGACCACUUUACAUGGUAUCUGCUGGCGACUUGGGAACUGACAGCUAUUCGCUCGAGACGACGCUAGGGCGCAUUAUGGACAUUGCGACGACAUGGGGUGCGGUUUUAUUAAUCGACGAGGCCGAUAUUUUCCUAGAGCGCCGAAGCUUGCACGACUUGCAGCGCAAUGCCAUGGUUACGAUCUUCUUACGAGUCCUCGAGUACUACCGCGGAAUCCUCUUCCUCACAACCAACCGCGUUUCCACUUUCGAUGACGCCUUCACGAGCCGUAUCCAUGUCCCCCUCCGUUAUUCAAAGUUGAGCGAGGACUCACGCUUGACUAUCUGGCGCAACUUCUGCAAUCGCGUUCCAGGAGGCGUGGAUAUCACGGACAAGGAAAUGAGUCUCUUGGCUAAGCACGAACUCAACGGUCGCCAGAUCAAGAACAUCGUCAAAGCUGCCGAGAGUCUUGCUGCGUUUGAGGGUCGCAGGCUUAAUGCCGCUCAACUGGAGUCAUUCACUGAAGUCCAAGGAGAGUUUGAGAGGGACUGGUUGCAGUUUGUUGAUGUCGCUGAGUAA